AUGUUAUACAUCCCUGUGAUCGUGCUGACAUUCGUGCUUUGCACCAAGAGUGAUAUUAUCAUAGCCCCUGAUGGUCAACUUGGACGCAGAUUUGAGGGCAUUGGAGCUAUUAGUGGAGGAGGAGCCACCAGUAAACUCCUUCCAAACUAUGAUGAGACGCGUCUGAAAGAAAUUCUGGAUUAUUUGUUUAAGCCCAACUAUGCCGCUUCGCUGACUCAACUAAAGGUGGAAAUCGGUGGUGAUUCACAAAGUACCGAAGGAACAGAGGCGUCCCACAUGCACACAGAGAUGGAUUUGGAUUGUGGCAGAGGCUACGAAUCUUGGUUAGUCAAAAGAGCCAAAGAAAUAUGGAACGAAAGACCAUACGAUGUGCAAUACAUCAAAAUACUUCGUCAAACGCUUGAUUCUGCUGGAUACACUAACGUGAAGAUCAUUGCUUCUGAUGGUAAAUGGCAAAUCGUCAAGGCUGUUCAAACCGACAAUGAUUUACGCAAGGCAAUCUAUGCGAUAGGUGCACAUUAUCCAGGCACAAAUUCAAAUGAUGCGGCAAAAACAUUGAAUAUGCCGUUAUGGGCGUCCGAAGACUAUUCAACUUUCAACGAUGAAGUUGGAGCGGGUUGCUGGGCUCGAAUCCUGAAUCAGAAUUAUGUCAACGGCUUGAUGACGAGCACCAUCGCAUGGAAUCUAAUCGCUUCGUACGCGGACAAACUACCGUAUUCAAAGUGCUCUUUAAUGACAGCAAACGAGCCUUGGUCUGGACACUACACAGUCAAUGGACCAAUAUGGGUUACGGCACACACGACUCAGUUCACCAAACCGGGAUGGCAUUAUCUGGGACAUGGGACGGGAGUGGGACACUUGCCAGAGGGAGGCUCUUACGUGUCGCUCGUGAGUCCGGAUCGGAAUGAGUUGACCAUUAUUGUAGAGACGAUGUCCCACGAUCAUUCAUUGUGUAUUCGGCCGAGCCUACCACACUAUACUGUCAAUCCCCAGAAUGUAACAUUUAUGAUCACUGGAGAAAAGUUCUCUGGAGAUGAAACUCUCCAUGUGUACCGGACAAAGCUGGAGUUCGUCGGCGAGAAAGAAUCGGAGUACUUCAAUUACGAGGGAGAAAUAGAGAUUGUGAACAACAGAUUCACUCUUUCUUUGGAUAUUGAUGAGUUGUACACACUUUCUACAAUAAAAGCUGUCGAAAAUAUGUACCCGAAACCUCCACCAUCAAGCCCGUUUGCGUUGCCGUACGUGGACAAUUUCCAAGUCCGCAGCAAUGGAAAAGUACGAGAACCCGAAUACUUGACUCCUCAGGUCGGCUACUUUGAAUUAAUUCGAGAUCCGCAGCAACCGGCAACCGGAAUAACCAUACUACAACAAAUGCCUCUGGUGCAGCCGAUCGACUGGUGUUACGUGGGUAAAAACCCCAUUGCUGUGAUGGGCUACGGUGACGAUUGGGUAAAUAUGACGGUCAAAUCAACCGUUAUGAUGCCUUCUGAAAAUAAAACGCACUCAAUAUUUAUUGCUGCUCGCGUUCAGCAUGGCGGAUGCAACUUUCCCGCGACUGCCGGUAUAUUCGCCUGGUUAGAUUUCUUGAAAGGACAAUACCGACUGACCAGUGACCUGACGGGCUCUAACUGGCUUGCGUCGGGCCCAGUGAAGUUGUUGAUGGACCGCUGGUACACACUGGAGCUGAAGAUUGAAGGACUGAAAGCUACAAUGUUGCUGAACGGUGAAGAACUUGAUGAAGUUGAUGGGAUUCCCGUAAUCCGCCCUGGAUUUGUAGCCUUGGGAUGUGAGGGCUUCGGAAACGCACGCUAUGCCAACUUUGCAGUGGACGGUUUGCCAGCGUGACCGGGUCUGCACUGGGGAUUUUCUUCGUGAAUACACAACACAGUUAUUUUGAUUGCCAAUUUGAAAAUGUAAAUUUUGUUCUACUUCAAAUUUGCACGCAAGGACCAGCCGUCAACCGUGUUACGCUUUCUUCAAACUUGUGGAAAUGCUAAGGAAAGCUUUCUAUAUGGGAGUAGGCUUUUUCACUCAGCAGGAUAUCUGUCGAACAAUAAAUCGUCGAGUUCGUUUGUUCGUGAUUCGCUGAGCACCACAGCCUUCUCAUGUGAACAUGAGUCUCCUAAUGGAGGAUCAUACAACUAUCUUCUAUUAGCAUUAUACAUAUAUGUAAACCAA